GCUGCUAUGAUGACUCCCGGGUCUCCGGUCAGGUUGGGCCCUGGACCGCGCCGUCGAUCUUCAAAUCUGGUCAUCUUACUGCUCGUCAUCAUAGCUUUACUUUGGUCUUUAGUUAUUCAUCAAAAUAUUGGGCGCGGCCUACAUGUUAUGCUCGACGACAUCCGGGACCCCUUAGACGCGAUCGUAAACAACACAUUAGGUUUUGAGAAGAUAUUUGCGAUUAGCCCAGCACAGCGUUUAGACAGACGCGAUGCGAUUGUACUUGCAUCCUCAGCUACAGGAUUUCAUGUCGACUUCAUUGACGGGUUAAUCCUUGACGAAGACAGCGCCAAGGAAUUGAACGAUUCAAAGGACUCUGAAACAGUUCCUGUUUCCCGCCCGCAUGCGAAUGCUGUGCAGAGAAUUGUCGCAGAUGGGAUCGCAAGUGCAUUAAUACUUGAGGACGACGUUGACUGGGAUAUAAAUCUCAAGAUGCAAUUGAAGGGACUCGCCCUAGGCUCUCAGCAAAUACCGAAGAUCAACGCCCCGGAAAGGAAUGCGACCACAGAUUCUCCAUACGGAGACAGCUGGGACGUUCUUUGGAUUGGUCACUGUGGUAUGAAGUGCAACAGCUCUUCACCUGUUCAGGUGAUGCCUCACGACAUAACAGCAAUGCCUUCUCGCUACCUUCCGCCUUAUUUAUAUGACGCCCCAGCCGGAACUGGGAACAAUGUCCGCAUGAGCUGCAUAAUAGAGAAGGCGGCAUGUAGUGCAGCGUACGCGAUUACCUACGGCGCGUCCCAGAAGAUCCUCGCUGCUUUGACACGGCUCACAGACGAUGACAAUCUGGAUUUUCCAAACCUCCUUAGUGAACUCUGUCACAAUGGCUCAUUGGAGUGCUACUCGUCUUACCCGUCGCUAGUUGGAAGAUGGAAACGCGGCAGAAGAGAAGAAUAUUCCUCCGAUAACGACCAAGAAGCCGUUGAUCGUCAGAUGUCUCAUUCUUCUGGGGUGAUGUACAGCACCCUGGGGAAUAUCGAGCAUAUCUUGGGCGGGGAGUGUACCGUGCGAGCCUCCAUCGAUGAUGCCAUAGUUCCAGAGCUUAACCCGGACCUCUUCGAGGUACCUCAUUCGUUUCUCCAGUGGACAGAUAAGAAAGGAGGACAUGAGAGAGCGUUAUAACAAUGUAUGCAUAGAAAGCCCUCAAUAAAUAAUUCUCAUACCAUUUUCAGACGGCGCUCCUUCUAAGUGGAGGGAUUCAUUUCCAUGGCGGCUCACUAAGCAGUCAGCACAUGUCCCGCCAAAACAGCCCACAGCAAAAUAUCCAUGACUACUUCUCAGUUUUUCAUCAAAAUGCAUCAACACAAUGUCGCGAGUUAUCCCAAAACGCGAUAAGAAGAGACCCCAGGAUCGAAAUGCGCAACGCGCUACUCGCCAACGCACCAAGGACUGCCUGGCACUGCUGGAGCUCCAAGUCUCGCAGCUGCAAGGCGGCGCAGACAAGGCGCUUUCAGAUGAGCUCAGGCAGAUGCGCAAAGAGCGCGACGAAUUGGGCACACUAGCUGAUGAUCUAGUUACUAUCGCAGAAGCAACAAAAUCAGCAUUGGAGUCCAGCAAUAAUGAAGCCCCCCAGACAUAGACAGAAGGAAAAUACACUGAAC